AAUCCUGUAAUUGUAUUCCAUAAAAACAGAAUCCACGAGUAGUAUUGAGGAGGACGGCGGCGACUGAAUCUCAAUCCUUCUUUGACUCGCGAUAUUCCUCCUCCUCCUCCUCCUCACGAAACCAACACUUGCGUCGCUUUCUCGCCGCCCAAUCCCCGCGUAAACCGCCGGAACCCGAUGCCCUUAUCCGCCCUCUGAUCGAGACUCCUUGGCUCUCGGCGUCGGCAAUCCCACCCCCGAUGGCAUUGCAGAUUGGCGGCGGCGGCGGCGGGUUGCGGGGCCUGAUGCGGCGGAAGCCGGUCGACUCCGACAGGGCCCGCGCCGAGGGGCAGCAGCAGCAGCUCGCCAAGGAGCUCAACGUCCUCGAGCUGGUCGCGAUCGGGGUUGGUUCGACAAUUGGAGCUGGAGUAUAUGUUCUUGUCGGAACAGUUGCCAGGGAGCAUGCUGGUCCAGCAUUGGCAGUUUCGUUCCUGAUAGCUGGAAUAGCUGCUGCACUUUCAGCAUUCUGUUAUGCCGAGCUUGCUAGCCGUUGCCCCUCUGCUGGAAGCGCCUAUCACUAUUCAUAUAUCUGCAUUGGCGAAGGCGUUGCCUGGCUGAUUGGCUGGUCUUUAGUGCUGGAAUAUACUCUUGGCGGAUCUGCUGUUGCCCGUGGCAUAUCCCCCAAUUUAGCCUUGUUUUUUGGAGGACCAGAUAGCUUGCCAUGGAUUUUAGCACGGCAUCAACUUCCAUGGUUUGACAUUAUUGUUGAUCCCUGUGCUGCUGCUCUUGUUCUUGCUGUCACUGCUUUAUUAUGCCUAGGGAUAAAAGAGAGCUCGUUUGUACAAGGGAUUGUGACCAUUCUGAAUGCCUGUGUGAUGCUAUUUGUGAUAAUAGCAGGUUGUUAUAUUGGUUUCCAGAUUGGAUGGGAUGGCUAUAAGGUCACUGACGGGUAUUUUCCGUACGGAGUAAAUGGAGUGCUUGCUGGAUCAGCAACUGUUUUCUUUGCAUACAUCGGCUUUGACACAGUAGCCAGUACUGCUGAGGAGGUGAAGAACCCACAACGAGAUCUACCUCUGGGAAUAGGAGCAGCAUUGUCUAUUUGCUGUUUCUUGUACAUGAUGGUCGCUGUUGUUAUUGUUGGGAUUGUACCGUAUUUUGCUAUGGACCCAGAUACACCUAUUUCAUCCGCCUUUGCAAAACAUGGAAUGCAGUGGGCAAUGUAUGUUGUCACGAGUGGUGCUGUUCUUGCACUGUGUUCAACCUUGAUGGGCUCACUUCUUCCACAGCCUAGAAUACUGAUGGCCAUGGCAAGAGAUGGACUGUUACCAUCUUUCUUCUCCGACGUGAACAAGCAGACACAAGUACCUGUCAAGGGCACAGUUGUGGCUGGUAUCUGUGCUGCUGCUCUAGCGUUUUUCAUGGAUGUUUCUCAGUUGGCAGGAAUGGUCAGUGUGGGCACACUCCUCGCGUUCACCAUAGUGGCAGUAUCGAUCUUGAUACUCAGAUAUGUUCCUCCAGAGGAGGUCCCUCUAUCAUCAUCUCAGCGAGAGUCAAUGGGUUUGAACCAAGAAUAUGAUGAAGAAAAGGGCAGGGAUCCACUUGGAGAUGAGAUCCGCGACACAUCUCAAAUAAAGGAUUUGAUUGUGACAGAACCAAUGAAGGACCCUCUUCUCGAGAAGAAGCAAUACAAAGGCACGAUGGAUGAGAUGAAGCGUCGAAAGAUAGCCGCUUUCAGCAUAGGGUCUGUUUGUCUAGGAGUUCUGGUCCUCACGGCUUCAGCUUCUGCCACAUGGCUACCUUUCCUACCGCUUUGCAUUGGUUGCAUUGUUGGCGGUGUGCUACUCAUACCUGGUCUUGUUGUACUCUGCUGGAUUGACCAAGAUGAUGGCAGGCACUCUUUUGGUCAUUCUGGAGGAUUCAUGUGCCCCUUUGUUCCGUUUCUACCUGUUGUGUGCAUCCUCAUAAAUACAUAUCUGUUGAUAAACCUGGGCGGUGAUGCGUGGCUGAGAGUCGGGAUAUGGCUGCUGAUAGGUAUUCUCGUCUACAUUUUCUACGGGCGAACCCGCAGCUCGCUAGUCGACGUUGUGUACGCCCCUGUGGCUAAGGCCGAUGCACGCAGGAGUUCAUCUGGUUUCAUGUCCUAGAAAAGAACCGUCACACCGUGGAGCUGACAAAACCUCGCCGGCCCUCAGAUGCUCAUAGAUGUGCAGCCGGAUAUCAGCCAGCCCGGAAGGGCCUGUUGAAUUGUUGGAGCCUAGUCGACGACAGGGUCUGAUUGAUGCAGUUUUUUUGGGGACCGUGCAUGAGAAUGAUCAGCAUACAAAGUAGAGUUUGGAUUGGGUGGUGGCGUGUGUGAUUGUUUGUAAUUCAUUCAUGUAUAAGAGGUGAAAAAGCCCCUUGUACUGGAACGGGUGAAUACUGACUGAAAACAGGUGAUGGAUGGAAUCUUACAAAAUUUGCAACACAAACCAUUUCUUUCA